GUCUUGAGACGUAAAACCGAGUCGUAUUGUAUUCUUGUACUGUACAAAAUCGCACGUUGAGAAUCCAGUAUUUGGUGUUAUUUAUUUACGCGGCUACGCGUGAGAUCUGCAGGAUUGCUGCAGGCGUGACAAUAUAUUUUCUAUAAACAUAGUCAACUCCGUCAGAAAAAUAUACCUUCGAUGUUUGACACGUGUAAAAGGGUUCGUUACACACAAUAAAUCAAACAGGGCGACGUGAGAUAACGUAAUGUCUCAUAUAUUUAACAUAAAUUAGCAACGUGGUUUCUUAUAUAUUGCAGCGCGCAAGAAAAAAUUCAAAGUUUAGCCCGUUAACACAUAUUCUUUGUUUUGAGAGGCUUCAGAGAAUUACAAUGAUAAACCGCGCUUUGCGACAAUGUGCUGUCACCAUUGCGUUAAUAUACGCGACUGCAGUUGACGGACAAUCUAAGGAGGGAGCAGUUUCUAACUUGCAGAGCAUCUUUUUACGUAUUUAUGGAACCACGUUGCAUGAAUAUGUCGAUUACCCGUUGGAGAAUGUCAACGCGAUCACAUCUCGAAUUGACAACAGUAAGCCAACGGUAAUGUACGUUCACGGCUUCACGGAAAAUGUGGAAAGAAAGAGCGUGCAAACGGUAGUGCAAGCUUACUUGGAUAGACGCGAUCACAAUAUUCUCGCGGUAGAUUACGGUAAAUUAGCGAACGACUCGUAUGUAAAUUUAGCGAUAAAUGCACCUCUCAUUGGAAAAGUUCUCGCGACGCUUUUCAAUGAGAUGAAGAAAUCUGGUGUUGAUACGGAAAAAUUACACAUCGUCGCACACUCCAUGGGCAGUCAGAUUGCUGGUUAUAUCGGCAGACAAGUCAACUUUGAUAUUCCUAGAAUUACAGGUCUGGACCCGGCCGGUCCAUUUUUCAAUGUUCUCCUGCCUAGUCUUUCGUCCAACGCUGCCCGCUUUGUGGACACCAUACACACAGAUUAUGGAAUUUAUGGUGUUGCCAAGAACACGGGCACAGUGGAUUUUUUCCCAAACGGUGGUACACGCAUACAACCUGGCUGUCCGAAACAUCCCACAUUCUACAGUAACGACGAUUUCUGUAGCCACAAUCGUGCCUGGAAAUUGUAUGCCGAGUCUUUAAUCAAUGAAUCUUCAUUCUUGGGCGUGCAAUGUUCUUCGAUCUCUCAAUUCACUUCCGGCAAUUGCAAUAAUAAUACACAGAUCUUCAUGGGAUAUGCCACUCCACGCAGCGCGCAGGGAAAGGUCUAUCUCAUAACGAACGAUCGAAGCCCUUUCGGAUUGAGCAAGCAAGGGGCAUUCAUUUCGACGAAUUAAUUCCACGUUGAGAAUACAAAAGGAAUGCCGCAACAUUAUUAGGAAAAAAACUGUGAAUUCUUUUAUUAAUACGAAAGAAGGAAAACAAUUAGAGAGAGGAAGAGUAUAUUGGCCUGCAACACGUACUCUUUCUGUGAUGCUACGUUUAUUAUAUAUUAAUGGAUAAUCGAAGGCAAUGUCUUACUUUAUUUCUUAUGAUCACAGAGUUGUCGUCGCUUUUUGAUAUCUAGACAUCUCUGUUUCCCAUUGCACAUAGCAAUGCUGUUAAUUCGUUAUCCAAUUUAGCACUUGUCGCAUUACUACGGUCCUUGAUGCAUAUUAUUCUCGUAAUACACAUUUAAAUGUGUUGAAACUGCAAACGCUGGUAAUUUUAAGUUUCGAGAAGUAAUUAAAGUACGUAGAUUAAGAAAUAUUCCAACGCUGAGAUCCGAGGCUGCCGUAUAUCGAUCGCGACGAUGACAGCGAAGUAGCGAACGUAGCAAAUUUAUAGUAACGUUAAUUUUUAAACAGGACAGAACUACCGCAUCUGUGGCGUGCCUCUAAGAGCGUACGAUAGGCUUUGUAAAAUUACAUUUGAUAUUUCUUGAAGCGAUUACAUAAAAAAAAAAA